UUCCAGGGUAUCUGAAGUACAGUGCUCAGCUGCUCUGAAAGCCCUCGUGGACAAUGGCUACUCAAGCUGACUUGAUGGAGCUGGACAUGGCCAUGGAGCCGGACAGGAAGGCGGCUGUCAGUCACUGGCAGCAGCAGUCGUACCUGGAUUCUGGAAUCCACUCUGGGGCCACCACCACAGCACCUUCUCUGAGCGGCAAGGGCAACCCCGAGGAGGAGGAUGUGGACACCUCCCAGGUCCUGUACGAAUGGGAGCAGGGAUUCUCCCAGUCCUUCACUCAGGAGCAAGUGGCUGACAUUGACGGGCAGUACGCGAUGACGCGCGCUCAGCGGGUGCGCGCCGCCAUGUUCCCGGAGACACUGGAUGAGGGCAUGCAGAUCCCCUCCACACAGUUUGACGCCGCUCACCCCACCAACGUCCAGCGUUUGGCCGAACCGUCCCAGAUGCUUAAGCACGCUGUUGUAAACCUGAUCAACUACCAGGAUGAUGCAGAGCUCGCCACACGCGCCAUCCCUGAACUCACAAAGCUGCUCAAUGACGAAGACCAGGUGGUGGUCAAUAAGGCUGCGGUGAUGGUCCACCAGCUCUCCAAAAAGGAGGCCUCCAGACACGCCAUCAUGCGCUCUCCUCAGAUGGUGUCUGCUAUCGUGCGCACCAUGCAGAACACGAAUGACGUGGAGACUGCGCGCUGCACUGCCGGGACCUUGCAUAACCUCUCCCACCAUCGCGAGGGCUUGCUGGCCAUCUUUAAGUCUGGUGGCAUCCCUGCGCUGGUGAAAAUGCUGGGCUCACCAGUGGAUUCAGUGUUGUUUUACGCCAUUACAACUCUUCACAACCUUCUGUUACAUCAAGAAGGAGCUAAAAUGGCAGUGCGUUUAGCUGGUGGCCUGCAGAAAAUGGUUGCACUGCUCAAUAAAACAAAUGUUAAAUUCUUGGCUAUUACAACAGACUGCCUUCAGAUUUUAGCUUAUGGCAAUCAGGAAAGCAAGCUGAUCAUCCUGGCCAGUGGUGGGCCCCAGGCCUUAGUGAACAUAAUGAGGACCUACACCUACGAGAAACUGCUGUGGACCACGAGCAGGGUGCUGAAGGUGCUGUCCGUCUGCUCCAGUAACAAGCCGGCCAUCGUGGAGGCUGGUGGGAUGCAGGCCUUAGGGCUGCACCUGACAGACCCGAGCCAGCGCCUCGUCCAGAACUGUCUCUGGACACUGAGGAACCUCUCAGACGCCGCAACUAAGCAGGAAGGGAUGGAGGGUCUCCUGGGCACGCUCGUCCAGCUGCUGGGCUCCGAUGACAUCAAUGUGGUCACCUGUGCCGCCGGGAUCCUCUCUAACCUCACUUGCAACAACUACAAGAACAAGAUGAUGGUGUGCCAGGUGGGCGGGAUAGAGGCUCUGGUGCGCACCGUCCUGCGUGCCGGGGACAGGGAGGACAUCACCGAGCCAGCCAUCUGUGCUCUGCGCCAUCUAACCAGCCGGCACCAGGAGGCAGAGAUGGCCCAGAAUGCUGUUCGCCUGCACUAUGGCCUCCCGGUUGUGGUUAAGCUCCUGCACCCACCAUCCCAUUGGCCUCUAAUAAAGGCUACUGUCGGAUUGAUUCGCAAUCUUGCCCUUUGUCCAGCAAAUCAUGCGCCUCUGCGAGAGCAGGGUGCUAUUCCACGCCUGGUCCAGCUGCUUGUGCGCGCACACCAGGACACCCAGCGUCGCACGUCCAUGGGCGGGACGCAGCAGCAGUUUGUGGAGGGGGUCCGCAUGGAAGAGAUCGUUGAAGGUUGUACUGGAGCCCUGCACAUCCUUGCUCGGGACGUUCACAACCGAAUUGUCAUCCGAGGACUCAACACCAUUCCACUGUUUGUGCAGCUGCUCUACUCCCCUAUUGAGAACAUCCAGAGAGUCGCCGCGGGGGUCCUCUGUGAGCUCGCCCAGGACAAGGAGGCUGCAGAGGCCAUCGAGGCCGAGGGGGCCACGGCACCUCUGACGGAGCUGCUGCACUCGAGGAACGAAGGCGUGGCCACAUAUGCAGCCGCCGUGCUUUUCCGGAUGUCUGAGGACAAGCCGCAGGACUACAAAAAGCGGCUCUCUGUGGAGCUGACCAGCUCCCUCUUCAGGACAGAGCCCAUGGCUUGGAACGAGACUGCUGAUCUUGGACUUGAUAUUGGUGCCCAGGGAGAACCCCUUGGAUAUCGCCAGGAUGACCCCAGCUACCGCUCCUUCCACGCCGGUGGCUAUGGCCAGGAUGCCUUGGGCAUGGACCCCAUGAUGGAGCACGAGAUGGGCGGCCACCACCCUGGGGCCGACUACCCAGUGGAUGGGCUGCCGGACCUGGGCCAUGCCCAGGACCUCAUGGACGGGCUGCCGCCAGGUGACAGCAAUCAGCUGGCCUGGUUUGACACUGACCUGUAACCUCCUUUAGGUAAGAAGAUAAAAAAGCCAGUUGGGUAAGUUUUGCUCUGCCUACAGAACUUGAGCGAGACUUGGUUGUAGGGUGGGAGUGGCUAGGGCCUAUCUGUAAACCUGCUUCAAAGACAGCUGGGCUUGGCGAGGAGAUGUCUUGGGACAUGUGAAUGUUCUUGGAUUUUGGGGUGUUCUGUGAUCAUGUGUUUGGAAGUUAUUAACUUUAAUGUUUUUUUGCCACAGCUUUUGCAACUUAAUACUCCAAUGAGUACCAUGUGCUGUUGAAUAUUAAUAGCAGCCUCUGUACAGCUGUGUUGUCUGAACUUGGUUGUGAUUGGCCUGUGGAGUGGCGGAGGGCUCGAGGGUGGGCUGGUCUCAGAAAGUGCCUGACACACUAACCACGCAGAGUUUCCUAUGGGAACACUUGAAGUAAACUUUUGUUCUGGUCCUUUUCGGUCGAGGAGUAACAAUACAUAUGGAUUUGGGGAGUGACUCGAGAAGUGAAGAAUGCACAAGAAUGGAUCACAAGAUGGAAUUUAUCAAACCCUAGCCUUGCUUGUUAAAAAGUUUUGUUUUGUUUUGUUUUUUUUAAAUAUCUGUAAUGGUACUGACUUUGCUUGCUUUGAAGUAGCCGUUUAAUUUCCUUUUUUUUUUCUUUUGCAGUAACUGUUAGUUUUUAAGUCUCUUGUAGCGUUAUGUUCUAGUGAAUACUGCUGCAGCGAUUUCUAAUUUUUAAAAAUUGAGUAAUGGUGUAGAACACUAAUUCAUAAUCACUCUAAUUGUAAUCUGAGAAAGUGUAACAUUGUGUAGCCUUUUUGUAUAAAA